AAAGAUGCUGAAACAGAUACUGUCGGAGAUGUACAUAGAUCCUGAUCUGCUGGCAGAGCUCAGCGAAGAACAGAAACAGAUCCUGUUCUUCAAGAUGAGGGAGGAGCAGGUCCGCCGAUGGAAAGAAAGAGAAGCAGCAAUGGAAAAACAGGAGUCCUUGCCAGUGAAACCCAGACCAAAGAAAGACAACGGCAAAUCGGUUCAUUGGAAACUGGGAGCCGACGAGGAAGUCUGGGUGUGGGUGAUGGGUGAGCACCACCUCGAUAAACCCUACGACACGCUCUGUGAUGAGAUCCGUGCCCAGAGGGCACGGCUGAAGUCGGGGCAGGAGGUGCGGGAGCUCAGAAAAACUCAGUCCAGAGAAUUCACCAGCAGCUUGAAACCAAAGUCACACUCCUCCGAUGUGCGGGCACCAGGUGACCGGGAGCCUCGGAGCGUGUGUGAGAAGGCGGCAGAAGAGGGGGGACACGGGCGUGGCCGCGGGCCAGCUUCACCCCUAGAAGAGCAGAAAACGCCUUUGCCCUCCAGUUCCUCAAGAAGUAUUCACCAAAUGUUGGCAGAUUCUAUCAGUCGUAUGAAGGAAUAUGGAUUUCACCAGAAGAAAGAAUCUGUGAAGAAAACACAAGAUGAAGAAGUAAAACAAAUAGAUGAAGAGAGAACCAAGCAGAUUUAUAAGAGCUGGAAAGAAGAUUCGGAGUGGCAGGCCUCUUUGCGAAAAUCCAAGGCAGCUGAUGAGAGGAGGCGCUCCCUGGCAAAACAGGCACGGGAGGACUACAAGAGGCUGUCCCAGAGGGGGAGAGGCGGCGAGGGGCCACAGAGCCCCCUCGGUGGCCCCCAGAAGCCUCGGAGGCCCCCCCUUCCACCCAAGCCUCAGUUCCUGAGCCCUUCGGGACACCCCUGCAGACCUCUCAGAAACCAGGCAGCGGCAAGGCCGGCGUCCCACUCGGCCCAUGCGGACAUCGUGCGCUGGUUCCGGGAGGAGCAGCUCCCGCUGCGGGCCGGCUACCUGGGCACCUCGGACAGCAUCGCCCCAUGGUUCCACGGAAUUCUCACCGUACAGAGAGCGAAUGAGCUUCUGAGCACGUGCGUGCCAGGCAGCUUUCUGAUCCGGGUCAGUGAGAGGAUCAAGGGCUACGUCCUGUCCUAUCUGUCCAAGGACGGCUGCAAACACUUCCUCAUAGAUGCCUCCACGGACUCGUACAGCUUCCUGGGUGCCGACCAGCUGCAGCACGCCAGCCUGGCUGACUUGGUGGAGUACCACAAGGAGGAACCCAUCACCUCCCUGGGGAAGGAGCUCCUUCUGUACCCCUGCGGUCAGCAGGAACAGCCGCCCGACUACCAGGGCCUGUUUGAGUGACAACCUCAUCGUGUCAUCCUGCAGCCGCCAGCUGGGCCGUCCUCUGGACAGACAGACACCACGGAGAUGGACACUUGUGUAUGAAGCCACAUCGCCCUGCAGGGAGCCGAUCCUGAUCAAGUGAAAGGACCCUUGGGGGUCCCAUGGCGACCUCUCUUUUGCACAAAUGCUGGAGUUUAAUUAACGCUAAGAGGGAAUCACCUCUGCAUUGUACGCACCCCAGCAGUAAAGGGAGAAGAACCCCCAUCUCUGCAGCUCCCAACAUGAAGGCUACAACCCUAGUGAUGUAUGGAAUAAACGACGAAGACAUUGGAACCUUUUAGGAAUUAAGGGGCACCUCAAAACCAGAAGUCCUCCAUGGCCUUGGCACUCCCUCUCUGCCUCAUCUCGGAAGGUCUCGGGGUCCUGUUCCUAUGAAGUUCCUCGGUGGCGUCAGGGACUGGCGAAAGAGCCUGCACUGGUGGCUGAGCCCACGGCCCUGCACGCCUCACUUGCGGUGCAUGUGUGGGCCAGGGUGUAAGACACACAGGGAACACAAGUUGCAGGUGUUGUGAACUAAACGAGGAGUUUGAAGGUGUAGGACGAGAGCCUUCACAUGUACAGAAAUACUCCGGACGACGGCAGGGGGUGAGGGGCCCUGUGUGAGGGGUUUGCUGGCUCUGGGGAGCGGGUCAGGGCUCUACCCAGGACCUUGCCGAGAAGGGUGAAGCCACAUGCGUGCCUUGGAUAGACAAGGGCAGAAGAGUGAGCUUUGUGGACACUAGGUGCUGUGGGUUGAGUCCCCCAAAGAGACAUUGAAGUCCUAACCCCCUGCACCUGUGAACGUGGCCUUAUUUGGAAACAGGGUCUUUGCAAAUGUGAUCAAAUUAAGACGAGGUCAGACCAGAUUAGGGCGGGUCCCAAAGCCAACGACCGGCGUCCUUAUAAGGAGAGAGGGGUUGGGAAGUUGAGGUGCGUACGCAGAGGGGAUGGCAGCCAGGGGACAGCAGAGGCAGGGCCCCGAGUGACAAGCCGCAAGCCAGGGGACGCCGGGGGCCGGGGGGGGCAGCAUGGAGCAGACUCCCCAGAGCCCUGGAGGGGAGCAUGGCCCUGCAGACACCUCGAUUCCAGACUUGUAGCCUCCAGAACUAUGACAGAAUAAAUGUCUUUUGUCUUAA